AUGCCACGCCGCAUUAAAGCACGUGAGUGCAUCUCCAUCCACGUGGGUCAGGCUGGUGUGCAGAUUGGCAAUGCCUGCUGGGAACUCUACUGUCUUGAACACGGCAUUCAGCCGGACGGACAGAUGCCCAGCGACAAAACCAUUGGCGGUGGAGACGAUUCCUUUAACACAUUCUUCAGUGAGACUGGAGCUGGAAAGCAUGUCCCCAGGGCUGUGUUUGUGGAUCUAGAGCCCACUGUCAUAGAUGAGGUCCGCACAGGAACAUACCGCCAGCUGUUUCACCCUGAGCAGCUCAUCACAGGGAAAGAGGACGCUGCCAACAACUAUGCCCGUGGUCACUACACUAUUGGCAAGGAACUGAUUGACCUGGUGCUGGACAGGAUCCGUAAACUGGCUGACCAAUGCACAGGUCUCCAGGGUUUCCUGGUCUUUCACAGCUUUGGUGGUGGAACCGGUUCUGGUUUCACUUCCCUGCUGUUGGAGCGCCUGUCUGUUGACUACGGUAAGAAGUCCAAACUGGAGUUCGCCAUCUACCCAGCUCCUCAGGUCUCAACUGCUGUGGUGGAGCCCUACAACUCCAUCCUGACCACACACACCACCUUAGAGCACUCUGAAUGUGCUUUCAUGGUGGACAAUGAAGCCAUCUAUGACAUUUGUCGUAGGAACCUAGAUAUUGAGCGUCCUACAUACACUAACCUAAAUAGACUGAUUAGUCAGAUUGUAUCCUCAAUCACUGCCUCCCUCCGUUUCGAUGGUGCCCUUAAUGUCGAUCUUACAGAAUUCCAAACCAACUUGGUGCCCUACCCUCGUAUUCAUUUCCCAUUGGUCACCUAUGCUCCUGUGAUCUCUGCAGAAAAGGCUUACCAUGAGCAGCUUUCAGUAUCUGAAAUCACAAAUGCCUGCUUUGAGCCGGCCAAUCAGAUGGUAAAAUGUGACCCACGUCACGGUAAGUACAUGGCCUGCUGCCUGCUAUACCGUGGUGAUGUGGUGCCUAAAGAUGUAAACUCUGCAAUCGCAACUAUCAAGACAAAGCGCACCAUCCAGUUUGUGGACUGGUGUCCCACUGGGUUUAAGGUGGGCAUCAAUUACCAACCUCCUACUGUGGUUCCAGGUGGAGACCUGGCCAAGGUGCAGAGGGCUGUGUGCAUGCUGAGCAACACCACAGCCAUUGCAGAAGCCUGGGCGCGUCUUGAUCAUAAGUUUGAUCUGAUGUAUGCCAAGCGUGCUUUUGUGCACUGGUAUGUUGGUGAGGGUAUGGAGGAAGGUGAGUUCUCUGAGGCCAGAGAGGACAUGGCCGCCCUGGAGAAGGAUUAUGAGGAGGUUGGUGCUGACUCCAUUGAUGGCGAGGGAGAAGAAGAAGGAGAGGAGUAUUAAAAGCAAGUAUUAGAAAAAACACCAAUAUAUAUUCAGCAUAGAUGAUCAAUGUAAAUUUGGUGUAAUUUAACAGCAUGCACUAAAAGAAAUCAUAACUGUAAAAAGGCUAACCACAAGGUUUUAAACAGUUACUAUUAAAUCAAGUUACUGAAAAUACCAAAUUUUAUUCUACAGUACUUCUCUAUACUAAUUUUUUCCCCAUAUAUUCUUGCUGUAAUUUUGGUCAUUGGUGGCUCAGCGGUAUGUUUCUUGCCUGUAAUGCCUUCCGCAGUGAUGUUGAUUUUUGCCUGGGUUGAUUUUUCCCACACAAUGCCCAAACCCUGGCCACUGGAUGCAAGCCAUGAUGAAAUUGAAAGGAAGGGCAUCCAGCGUGAAACCUGUACCAAGUUGUGUGAUCGGUUGGUCCACUGUGGCGACCUCUCAACAACAACAUUCUUAUUGUAAUUCUUUCCAGCCCAGCCUUGGUGAAAUUACAGAUUUUCACCAUUACAAAAACAUCUCUCAAACAUUAAAAAAUCCAGAAAAUGCUGCAAAAAAAUCUUUAAAUCUUCGAAUUAAAUUGA